UACAUGAACAGUUGUAGACAAGACAACUUUAUGAUAAAGGUUUGACGAAAUUGUAGGCAAGAGUACUGUUGUUAUCACAGAGAACGUACAGAAUGAUCAUGUUUAUAAACUGAAAGGACGAAUCAGCUGUGUUGCUAGAGAAGAGUUAUGGCAGAAAUUCGUGCCACACCGCUAGGUGCUGGGCAAGAUGUUGGCCGCAGCUGUAUCCUGCUCUCGGUGGGCGGCAAGAACAUCAUGAUGGACUGUGGCAUGCACAUGGGAUACAAUGAUGGCCGUCGCUUUCCAGAUUUCACCUACAUUGCCGAGGCUGGUCGUCUGACCGAGCAUCUGGACUGUGUCAUUAUCAGUCACUUUCAUCUGGACCAUUGCGGCGCGCUGCCAUACUUCUCGGAAAUGGUUGGAUACGAUGGGCCCAUUUAUAUGACACAUCCGACCAAGGCCAUUGCACCGAUAUUGCUGGAGGACUAUCGAAAAAUCUCCGUGGAUAAGAAAGGAGAAACAAACUUUUUCACGUCUCAGAUGAUCAAAGAUUGCAUGAAGAAGGUGGUUGCCGUCAAUCUCCAUCAAAUUGUGGAAGUUGACUCGACCCUAUCGCUCAAGGCCUACUAUGCUGGCCAUGUGCUCGGUGCGGCUAUGUUUGAGAUACGUGUUGGCCAGCAGUCUGUGGUCUAUACCGGUGAUUACAACAUGACUCCAGACCGGCAUCUUGGUGCUGCCUGGAUUGACAAGUGCCGACCUGAUUUGUUGAUCACAGAGUCGACGUAUGCCACUACUAUCCGCGACUCCAAGCGAUGUCGAGAGCGUGACUUCUUGAAAAGCGUUCAUGAGACUGUGGAAAAAGGUGGAAAAGUUCUGAUUCCCGUCUUUGCGCUUGGCCGUGCUCAGGAACUCUGCAUCUUGCUGGAGUCAUUCUGGGAACGGAUGAAUCUCAAAGCACCAAUCUACUUCACCACCGGUCUCACAGAGAAGGCCAACCACUACUACAAGCUGUUUGUUGACUGGACAAAUCAAAACAUCAAGAAGACGUUUGUUCACCGCAACAUGUUUGAGUUUAAGCACAUCAAGCCAUUUGAUGCAUCAUACAUGAAGGAGCCUGGACCAAUGGUUGUGUUUGCCACACCGGGCAUGUUGCACGCUGGCCAAUCUCUGAACAUCUUCAAGGCAUGGGCAGGCUGCGAGAAAAACAUUGUUAUUAUUCCCGGAUACUGCGUUCAAGGCACGGUGGGCAACAAAGUCCUCUCCGGUCAGAAGCGUAUUGAGAUCAAUCACAAAACAAUCGAGGUCAAGAUGCAAGUUCAAUACAUGUCAUUCAGUGCACAUGCCGAUGCCAAGGGUAUCAUGCAGCUGAUUCGCAUGUGUCAGCCACGCCAUGUGAUGCUUGUGCAUGGGGAGGGAGAAAAGAUGGAGUUUCUGCACAGCAAGAUUGAACAAGAGUUCGGCAUUCCUUGUUCGUAUCCAGCCAACGGCGAGACAGCGAGCAUUGAAACGUGUCCACCCAUUCCGGUGGACGUCUCAACGUCCCUGCUCAAACGCCAGCCAUCUCUGGAGAGGCAGUACUUUGCUGCUCCCACAGCCAAGAGGCCCAUGUACAACCGAGCCAUCUCAGCCGUGGUGACCAUCGACCCAGAGCAUGGCCCGCGUCCGCGCAUCGUCUCGCUCGACGAGGCCUCCAAAACGCUGGGCGUGCGGGCGCAUGACCUGCGAUUCACCUCCUCUGUCAAUCUACCGUCGCAGGCCGUUUCGUUCGGCAUUGAUGCUGCACAGGAUGACCUGGAACGAGAACUGAAGAGUUGGUAUCCAGGCCGGGAUCUGUCUAUACAUGGUGUGGGUAGUUUCUCACUUGGUGACAUAUCCAUGGAGAUCAAGGCACCAUCAACAUCUAAAGUCACCACAGCAACAACUUCAUCAGUUCCGGAACACCGUCUGAACAUGUCAUGGUCAUGCCAGGAUAAUGACACGGCCACGGAGCUGCUUGGACGAGUACGAGAAUGGUACAGAGGUAAGGAGAGUGCCACCGCAGCUGCCUCAUGACACGCAAUCACAGAGCUUCCAGUCACUUGCCACCUGGUCCAUGCUGCUCAAACCCAAACGGGCGAACGACAAAUUCAAGCAAAGAUGCUAGGUGGAUGUCAGACAACGCACUGCCGUUUCUGAGGAGACGGCGAUACGGCCCGGCAACAGUGCUGCUUGUACACAC